AUGUGUGGGGAGCAGGCCAUGACCUGUCCAAACGAGGUGGUGUCCUACGAAAUCGUCCUCUCUAUAACCAGACUCAUCAAGAAGUACCGGAGGGAGCUCCAGGCUGUGGCGUGGGACAUCCUGCUGAACAUCAUGGAGCGCCUGCUUCAGCAGCUCCAGAGCCUGGACAGCCCGGAGCUCAGAGCCAUCGUCCACGACCUGCUGACCACAGUGGAAGAGCUGUGUGACCAGAACGAGUUCCACGGCUCUCAGGAGAGAUACUUUGAGCUCGUUGAGCGAUGCGCAGACCAGAGGCCUGAGUCCUCCCUCUUAAACUUAAUAACCUACAGGGCGCAGUCAAUCCAUCCGGCGAAGGACGGCUGGAUUCACAACCUGCAGUUGCUGAUGGAGAGAUUCUUCAGGAAUGAAUCCCGCAGUGCCGUUCGCAUCAAGGUGCUGGAUGUCCUGUCCUUCGUGCUGCUCAUCAACAGGCAGUUCUAUGAGGAGGAGCUGAUCAGCUCAGUGGUCAUCUCCCAGCUCUCCCACGUCCCCGAGGACAAAGACCCCCAAGUCCGGAAACUGGCCACCCAGUUGCUGGUGGACCUGGCCGAAGGCUGUCAUACCCACCACUUCAACAGCCUGCUGGACAUUGUGGAAAAGGUGAUUGCCCGCUCCCUUUCUCCACCCCCUGAGCUGGAGGAGAGAGAUGUGGCGGCGUACUCAGCCUCCUUAGAGGAUGUGAAGACCGCCGUCUUGGGGCUCCUGGUCAUCCUUCAGUGUCUCCUAACGCUUACACGGGAUGGUUAUUUCCUGGUGCAGAAGUUUGAAGUGUCUGCAGAAAGCUGGCUGGCACCUCCGUGGCCUUCCGUCACCUCCGUGGCCUCCUGUCACGGGAACCCGGCGCUCUUUAGACCUCUGACCAAGCUGUACGCCUUGCCUGCCAGCCACGCGGUGCGUGUGUAUGAGACGCUCGUCAGCCACAUGGAGCUGCACUACAGGCAUGACUAUGCCCUGCCCAUCGCAAGCAGCAUCCGGCUGCAGGCCUUCGAUUUCCUGCUGUUGCUGAGGGCCGACUCGCUGCACCGCCUCGGCCUGCCCAGCAAGGAUGGGGCCGUGAGGUUCAGCCCGUACUGUGUCUGCGACGCCAUGGAGCCAGAGAGGGGCCCGGAGAAGAAGGCCAGUGGCCCCCUGUCGCCUCCCACCGGGCCGCCUGGCCCCGCGCCUGCAGGCCCCGCGGUGCGGCUCGGCUCUCUGCCCUACUCCCUGCUCUUCCGCGUCCUCCUGCAGUGCUUGAAGCAGGAGGCGGACUGGAAGGUGCUGAAGCUCGUGCUCAGCAAGCUGCCCGAGUCCCUGCGCUACAAGGUGCUCAUCUUCACGUCUCCGUGCAGUGUCGACCAGCUGUCUUCCGCCCUCUGCUCCGUGCUUUCAGGUCCCAGAACCCUGGAGCGGCUUCGAGGCACCCCAGAAGGGUUCUCCAGAACCGACCUGCAUCUGGCUGUGGUUCCCGUGCUGACGGCGCUGAUCUCUUACCAUAAUUACUUGGACAAAACCAGACAGCGGGAGAUGGUGUACUGCCUGGAGCAAGGCCUGAUCUACCGCUGUGCUAGCCAGUGCGUCGUGGCACUGGCCAUCUGCAGUGUGGAGAUGCCCGACAUCAUCAUCAAGGCGCUUCCCGUCCUGGUCGUGAAGCUCACGCACAUCUCAGCCACAGCCAGCAUGGCCAUUCCACUCCUCGAGUUCCUGUCAACUCUGGCCCGGCUGCCCCACCUCUACCGGAACUUCGCAGCUGAGCAGUACGCGAGUGUCUUUGCCAUUUCCCUGCCUUACACCAAUCCCUCCAAGUUUAAUCAGUACAUCGUGUGCCUGGCCCAUCACGUUAUAGCCAUGUGGUUCAUUAGAUGCCGCCUGCCCUUCCGGAAGGAUUUUGUUCCCUUUAUCACUAAGGGCCUGCGUUCCAACGUCCUCCUGCCCUUCGAUGACACCCCUGAGAAGGACAGCUUCAGAGCUCGAAGCACCAGUCUCAACGAGAGGCCCAAGAGUUUGAGGAUAGCCAGACCCCCCAAACAAGGCUUGAAUAACUCUCCACCCGUGAAAGAAUUCAAGGAGAGCCCUGCAGCCGAGGCCUUCCGGUGCCGCAGCAUCAGUGUGUCUGAACAUGUGGUCCGCAGCAGGAUCCAGACGUCCCUCACCAGCGCCAGCUUGGGGUCUGCAGACGAGAAUUCGAUGGCCCAGGCUGAUGACAACUUGAAAAAUCUCCACCUGGAGCUCACGGAAACAUGUCUGGACAUGAUGGCCAGAUACGUGUUCUCCAACUUCACAGCGGUUCCCAAGAGGUCGCCUGUGGGCGAGUUCCUCUUGGCUGGCGGCAGGACCAAAACCUGGCUGGUUGGGAACAAGCUUGUUACCGUGACAACAAGCGUGGGGACUGGGACCCGGUCGCUGCUGGGCUUGGACUCAGGAGAGCUGCAGGGUGGCCCCGAGUCGAGCUCGGACCCUGGCACGCACGUGAGACAGACCAAGGAGGCGCCUGCCAAGCUGGAGUCCCAGGCUGGGCAGCAGGUGUGCCGCAGGGCCCGGGACCGGGUCCGCUCCAUGUCCGGGGGCCACGGCCUUCGUGUUGGUGCCCUGGACACUCCAGCCUCCCACUUCCCGGGUGGCCCCACCUCCCCGGGUGCACAGACAGCACUCGCCAGCAAGUCUGAGAGGGCGUCAGCUGGUACCCAGUUCCCAGUACAGGAGAAGACGAGCCUGGCAGCCUACGUCCCCCUGCUGACCCAGGGCUGGGCAGAGAUCCUGGUCCGGAGGCCCACAGGGAACACCAGCUGGCUGAUGAGCCUGGAGAACCCACUCAGCCCCUUCUCCUCGGACAUCAACAACAUGCCCCUGCAGGAGCUGUCCAACGCGCUCAUGGCCGCCGAGCGCUUUAAGGAGCGUCGCGACACAGCUCUGUACAAGUCGCUGUCGGUGCCGGCGGCGGGCUCGGCCAAGCCCCCUCCGCCCCCGCGGUCUAACACGGUGGCCUCUUUCUCCUCCCUGUACCAGUCCAGUUGCCAAGCAAAGCUGCACAGGAGCAUUUCCUGGGCAGACUCGGCGGUGGUUCUGGAGGAGGGGAGCCCAAGCGAGACUCAUUUGUCCGCGGAGCCCAUGGAGUUGGAGGACUUUGAGGCGACGCUAGGCACAGACCGGCGCAGUGACCGCGCUGAGGCUUACAGCAGGUCAUCUUCAAGCUCCAGCCAAGAGGAGAAGUUCCCUGCAGAGGAGCUGGCGGCUCGAGGAAUCCCCAUCGAGCGGGCUGUCUCUUCCGAGGGUGCCCGGCCUUCUGUGGAGCUCUCUUUCCAGCCCUCCCAGCCCCUCAGCAAGUCCAGCUCCUCGCCUGAGCUGCAGACCCUGCAGGACAUACUUGGGGACCCUGGGGACAAGACUGAUGUUGGCCGGCUGAGCCCUGAGGCCAAGGCCCGGUCCCAGUCCGGGAUCUUGGACGGGGCAGGUGCCUCCUGGUCAGCCCCAGGCGAAGAGAGCCAGGGCCGGGGCCCCGCGCAGCCCGAGGGUCCCUUGCCUUCCAGCUGCCCCCGCUCCCCCAGUGGCCUGCGGCCCAGAGGCUACACCAUCUCUGAUUCGGCCCCAUCACGCAGAGGCAAGAGGGUAGAGAGGGACGCCUUCAAGAGCAGAGCUGGGGCCUCCAAUACUGAGAAGGUGCCAGGCAUCAAUCCCAGCUUUGUGUUCCUGCAGCUCUACCAUUCACCUUUCUUUGGUGACGAGUCCAACAAGCCCAUCCUUCUACCCAAUGAGUCCUUCGAGCGGUCAGUGCAGCUUCUCGACCAGAUUCCAUCCUACGACACGCACAAGAUUGCCGUCCUGUACGUGGGAGAAGGCCAGAGCGACAGUGAGCUGGCCAUCCUGUCCAACGAGCACGGCUCGUACAGGUACACGGAGUUCCUGACCGGCCUGGGCAAGCUCAUCGAGCUCAAGGACUGCCAGCCUGACAAGGUGUACCUGGGGGGUCUGGAUGUGUGUGGGGAGGACGGCCAGUUCACCUACUGCUGGCACGACGACAUCAUGCAAGCUGUCUUCCACAUUGCCACCCUGAUGCCCACCAAGGAUGUGGACAAGCACCGCUGUGACAAGAAGCGUCAUCUGGGCAACGACUUCGUGUCCAUUGUGUACAACGACUCCGGCGAGGACUUUAAACUGGGUACCAUCAGAGGCCAGUUCAACUUCGUCCAUGUCAUCAUCACCCCCCUGGACUACGAGUGCAACCUGGUGACCCUGCAGUGCAGGAAAGACAUGGAGGGUCUCGUGGACACCAGCGUGGCCAAGAUCGUGUCAGACCGCAACUUGCCUUUUGUGGCCCGUCAGAUGGCUCUGCACGCAAACAUGGCCUCACAGGUACAUCACAGCCGCUCCAACCCCACCGACAUCUACCCCUCCAAGUGGAUCGCCAGGCUCCGCCACAUCAAGCGGCUCCGCCACCGGAUCCGGGAGGAAGCUCACUACUCCAACCCCAGCCUGCCCCUGAUGCAGAUGCACCCCCCAGGCCACGCCAAAGCCCCUGCUCAGGCGCCAGCAGAGCCCAUGCCCACAUAUGAGACGGGCCAGCGGAAGCGCCUCAUCUCCUCGGUGGAUGACUUCACAGAGUUCGUGUGAGGCUGCCCCUCGUGGACGUGUGCGCAUGAAAUAAAGCUGCAGUGCCUCCUGGCCCGCGUGGCUCACACAGAUGCA